GCAAAGGCGAGUCCCCAGUGUUCAGAUGUCAAAAACAAUCUGAGUACUUAUUGGUUAAGGAAGAAUACACAGAUUAGCACAAUAAGAUAAGGACUUAACAAAGAUUGUUGAUACUAGCUUUGAGUGGGCUAAGGGUUAAAUGAACAUUGUCCAGAGAGCUUUCUGAGGUACUGUUCCUCAGGUGGAACCUUUUUCAGUCGGUAUUGACCGUCUGGUCAUGGAUGGUGGUUCCCCGUCGGAGCGAUCAAAUCCAGAAGUGAGCCUUGGCGAUUUCGAUGUUCAUGGGAAGGGAAAAAGUGGGAUGUUACCAGCUUUACAGGCCCAGACACCCAUGUCUCACACACCAUUUUCCGUGGAUGAUAUCCUGGACCCAACUAAGUUCACCGGAGCAAGAUCCAGCAGAAUUCGAGAACGCACGUGGCACCCGUGGCAGAAAGGAGCAUUGUCUGGAAGUGAUUCCGAAAACGACCAAGACUCAUUGCGAGAAGAUUCAAUGUCCCCUUUACCUGACGUCAUCGAAGUGGGUGAGGCAGACAACAGCAACCGGGACGGUUCGUCUGCCAGUCGAUGUGGUCACCUGCCCAGGUCAUCAAAUGGACUUAGGUCAUCGGCGACCGAUGACGAGUCAACGGACAAGGAAUCCACUAAAGGAAUGGGCAGUUCUUACAAAAAGAAAAAAUCCUCCUCUGGUUCGGACAGCAAAGCGGGCAAGCCCAGAAGGGCUAGGACAGCAUUUACGUACGAACAGCUGGUAGCGCUGGAAAACAAGUUCAAGACCACAAGAUAUCUUUCCGUAUGCGAAAGGCUGAAUUUAGCUCUCUCUCUUCGACUUACCGAAACGCAGGUGAAAAUCUGGUUCCAGAACAGGCGGACGAAGUGGAAGAAACAAAAUCCUGGAAUGGACGCUAACAGCCCCACUUUACCUCCAUCUCAAGCGUCCAGUCUACCUAACUCGUACGCAGCCUCACCUUCUUACGCAUCGGGAUUGCUCUUCGGCAACCAGCUUCCCUAUCUCCCGGCAACCAGCGCUUUGCCGUACCCGGUGAUUGCUCCCGUACAACAUUUCAGCCACUCAGCAAUGCACCCAUAUCUUACCCAUUUGGGACACUCGUAACCCCAUCGGUGAUAUAGCUGGGACUUACGCACAUUCUACAAUGGACUAAAGCAAAGCAGGAGGGGUUAUUUCCUCAUAAGGCAACCAACUAUUUCAUUUGACGACGCGAGAAAAAUUUAUCUCGUCAUUUCUUUUAAUAAUAAUAAUAUGAUGAUAGCAAUAAUACUGGAGGCAAGAAGGGUUUGGCUAAGUAUGACCAGCUUUCAUCGAAAUUUUCCACCACAACAUUCCUUUUUCUUCUUUAAAAGAGGGAAAAGAAAAGCUCAAAGUAUUGAUCGAUUUUGAAAUAGCCUCCGUCGUUUCAUAAAAAGUUUUUCGCUCUCUUUCUUUUUGGACGAGAGCAUUUUUCGUAUUGAUGACUAAAAAUUGUUUAGUUUGGAAUUCCAUGCAUUUAGAACUUUGAUAGUAUUUAAGAAAAUGCAAUUUCUGAUAAAUUUUACUGCACUUAAUAGUUAAUAAUAGACAUAUGAUAGGAUAUAGGACAACUGAACAUGAUUUUUUUUCUUUAC